CAAAAUGGUAGAUGGACAUGAUGGACGUUUCAGGAAAUGAAGCCAAAAUCUCGUGAUGCAGACCAAUUUCCCCCCCAAUUCUAGUGACUCACAGCUGUAUAGUGAGGACGACGAUGAGGGAGAAACAGGGUUGAAUACCGAUAGAACCAGAUUAAUCAUAAAUGACACCUCUCACUCUGACUUUGACUACAGCCAUGAAGGCAUUUUGUUGAGAACCCCAACUGGAUCUUUUCAUCAGGGACCAAAUCUUGCAGCCAGUCCAACUUUUCCUGCAAGUGCUGCCAUGUCUGAAGAACACGAUGAUCAUCACAGCGGCAAGCGUGAUCGCAUUCUACAGGAAAUCAGGCCGCCAUCCAGAGGUUUCAACCCUUUUAAUGCACCAGCUUUUGUCCAGCAAGAAGAAAACCCUCUGCCAGUGCCAGUGUCAGCCCCUCAUAUCGGGAAUGGUUUGUUAGAUCAAGACGAUUCAAGUGACGCCACAAGUAGAACAAGUGGUGGUGAAAAUGAAAGUGACAGUUUACUGCCUGAUAAUCCUCUACAGAUACAGUUUUCGGAUGGUCAUCUUCCAAGAUCACAACAGGAGUUUGAAUCGAAUCGCAAACACUGCCACAGAUAUCAACGAGAUGUUCCUGAUAAAGUGGCUAGGAAUCAGUUGAUUGCCAUAAGUGUCUUGUGUCUGCUGUUUAUGAUUGGUGAAAUUGUGGGUGGGGUGUAUGCCAAUAGUUUAGCCUUAGUGACAGAUGCAACUCAUCUGGCGAGUGACUUGACCAGCUUCCUCAUCAGUCUGUGUGCACUUUACGUUGCAGUUAAACCUCCAUCAAAGAGGUUAACAUUUGGUUAUCACAGGGCAGAGGUCCUUGGUGCCUUUGCUAGUGUACUCAUCAUCUGGUGCAUGACAGCUGUUCUUCUCUACUUUGCGAUUCAGAGAAUAAUUCAUCAACAGUUUGAGAUAGAAGCAGAUGAUAUGUUGAUUACUGCAGGAUGCGGGGUUGCAUUCAAUAUCAUUAUGGGCGUUGUUCUAAAUUCUGAAGUCUUCCGCUGCAGGCCCCCAAGGUCAUCCUUUGGUCAUUCGCAUGGGGGUGCUGGCCAUUCACAUGGGGGUCAUGGACAUUCGCACGGGGGUCAGGGACAUUCACAAGAGAAUCGAGAGAGUCAUGGUCGCCGUGAAGGUGAUCGUAGUGUACAGAAGAACAUCAAUGUGCGUGCUGCUUUCAUCCACGUGAUAGGUGACUUCAUCCAGAGUAUCGGGGUGCUCAUAGCUGCCUUUAUAAUCAAAUAUUAUCCUCAGUACAAGAUAGCUGAUCCUAUCUGUACAUUCAUAUUCUCACUGCUGGUGCUUAUAACUACGAUAACGAUUAUGAGGGAUAUCUGUACCGUUGUUAUGGAAGCCAUUCCUAAAAAUAUCGACUAUGAAGAAGUGAAAACGUCAUUAUCGAAUAUAGAUGGCGUUAAAUUGGUUCACAGUCUCCAUGUGUGGUCUCUCACCCUGGAUAAGGUGGCUGCCGAUGUGCAUCUUGCUGUGGCUUACGGCGUCGACUAUGAAGAAACGGUCAAAUUUGCAACCGACAUCCUCCAUCUGAAAUUCAACACGCGAUAUUGCACGGUUCAAGUUGAGGCUUACAAACCUGACAUUAUGUUGUCAUGUGAGGAGUGUCUCACGCCAGAGUAGAGGAUCCUAAUAACUUUCAACUGAAUUCACAGCACGAACUUGUCAGUGAAAUAUUACAGAAAAGGCCAUAGAGCCCAUUGACUAUGUUUUUUGUGAUGAAGAACCAGCAAGUGUAGGUGGCUGAGAUAUAACCUUUCUCGGGUGGACAUUUUCCUUGCCGAGCGCUAUUGAUCACCCUAGAGGCCGGAGAGCUAGACGAUGAUGAAUUCACUCUUCUUUCCUUUAAUAUAACAAGUGUGUCAUUGUCCAGAGUUCAGGUGCUGCCAUCUUGAAUGUUGGCCUCUCCACUGGCCCCCUCAAUUUGCUAAAUAACAUGGGCACAGUAUUUCUCUGUUGAUUUGAUUUAAAUGCCUACUAACCGGAAUGUGUUGUUUAUUCAAAAAACAUGUGCAGCGAAUGCGAGCAGAUAUGUUUGUUACCAUGGUUUUGGAACGGGGCAUAGUUGUGAAAAUUUGUGAAUUGGAACCCCAGUAAGUCUACUCACUAGAGUAUGGCUAAAAUACCUCGAUAGGUCAAGCUCGCCAUAUUCAACUGCAGAUACAUGUAUAUAUAUUGCUCAUGUAGUCUAUUCUCUUUAUUUUUAUGUUUGUAUUGCUCAUUUAUAUGAUUUAUUGAGUUGAUUCUCUUGAUUUUUAUGUGAUCUGUACAGAGACACAAAUGGUAUCAUAGGCUAUAAUAUUUUCUUCCAGAUAAUUUUAUUAUCUUAAUAUAUAUUGUAUAAGAUUAUGAGAACAAAUUUCCUUGAGAAACCAAAGUUUAUGAGUGACAUUCAAAAAUCUAUCAAAUACCCUAAUUUCACCUUAAAAAAUCAUUAUAAAAGCAGUUUUUCUCCUGAUUCUGUUACCCAAAUCAAGAUAUCAUCUGAUGGAAUACAUGACACGAAACAUAACGUAUUUUGACAUAAUUUGAGAAGGUUUUGUGUUGAGAUAUAAAAAAAGGUUAGAAUGUCACUUUGACCCUUUGCCUACUGAGCUACUACCCACGUGGGACACGAGAGCAGAGUACUCGCCAUUGUGUAGUUCCAUUGGCUGCCGAAUGUUUUUACUGGCAGCACGAGUCAUUAGAGUAGUUACGAAAGUUGUUAGCAGAUGGCAGUACUACACACGAGAGCAGAGUACGCGCCAUUGUGUAGUUCCAAUGGCUGCCGAAUGUUUUUACUGGCAGCACCAGUCAUUAGAGUAGUUACGAAAUUGUUAGCAGGUGGCAGAGUACUCGCCAUUGUGUAGUUUCAAUGGCUGCCGAAUGUUUGUACUGGCAGCACGAAUCAUUAGAAUAGUUACGAAAAUUGUUAGUAGAUGGCAGUACUGUACAUCACUUGAAACGCAAUUUUUUAGGCGUACCCAGUACGCGUGACGUAGCCUCGGAUAGGAAAUUACUGCGUACGGGGUACGCAUUUCUAAGGCAAAGGGUUAAUACAAUCUUCUGUUUCUCGAAGGACAAAAUAGCUGAAUAAAUGAUUUAUAAGAUUUGAUAA